AUGAAUAAACGCAGCGAUGUUGACGCGUAUGAAAUUGAGGAGCCGAGCGACGAAGAGAGAGCGGCCAGCAGUUCGGAAGAUGAACUUGAUGUGUUGCUGAGUGGUACUCCAGAGCAGAAGAAGAAGCUUAUACGAGAGUACUUAACGGGCGAAAGCGAGUCAUCCAGCGACGAUGACUUUGAGAAGGAGAUGGAGGCUGAGCUCAGUUCCACCAUCAGGACCAUGGAGGACACUUGGGUGCCUGCUUCCGCUCGGACAGCAGGAGAAAAUUCCACAAACACAGCGGACGACCCAACGUGUGCUAACCCAGAAAAACCUCAGAUGUACGACAAGAUAUACUUUGACUCGGACUCUGACGAAGAAGACAAGCCGACAAGUAGUUCCGCAGGGAGGCGCCGGGUCCAGCGGCGCAUCCCGACCAAUGACGAGCUGCUGUACGACCCCGACGAGGACGAGCGGGACCAGGCCUGGGUGGAUGCCAAGCGUAGCAUGUAUCAGAGGAAACGCCCGGCGGUGUCCAUUCACUCACAGCGCCCACAGCCCAAAAGUCGUCCUAGCAGUGAUGCUGUCCUCAACUGUCCAGCUUGCAUGACCACGCUGUGUCUAGACUGUCAACGACACGAGAAGUACCGCACGCAGUACCGCGCCAUGUUCGUCAUGAACUGCAGCGUGAACAGGGAAGAAGUUCUGCGCUACAAGAAGCAAGCAGAGAAAACUCCUAGGAACAGAAAGCGAAAGAAGGGUGAGGCAGAGGGGACGCCUGCCGGAAUGGACGGAGAGGAGGUUUACCACCCAGUGCAGUGCUCCGAGUGUUCCACUGAGGUGGCGGUUAUGGACAAGGAUGACGUCUACCACUUCUUCAACAUCCUGUCCAGCCACAGCUGA